GCGUGGGAGUAAGGCUGUCCACCGAGAGACGCCUGAGAAGGUGGUCGAUCAAGCGCUUUCUUACAUUGAACCCAAUUUCUUCGUAUACGGUUGUCGAAUUUUAUUAAAUUAUCGUUCGAUGAAUAUGUAUUUUCAUCGAACAAGUCGCGAGUGAGUUUCGUCCAUUCGAGUCAGUGAAAUUGCAGUGUCUUUGUCACAGAGUGUUUAAGAAAUCGUUCUUCCCCCGUGUGCAACCGGCGUUGUUACAAAACAAAUCACGGUGAAAACGGAGUCGUUACGCGCGCAUGCGUUCAAAACGCUUGAAUUUGAACGUGGUUCGAAUUUUUCGUGCUUCUUGCCUAAUUCGAAUAAGUAAUUCGAAUUGAGGAAUAUUCGCGGAACUGAAACGGAGUGUGUGUAGUACGAUGCAGACUUUGAAUCAUUUGAAGUGGACUGAUAUAUAGACCUGACGAGGAGAUUCCGAUGGAAGUUUAAUUCACCUGAUACCGUAAUAAGCAACUUGUUACUACUUCUAUGACACUUGAUUCUCGAUGUGGAACUAUUUACCAUCGCCCUGUUGUCGCUAAAUCAUUCAGGGGGCGUCCAAAAAAAUUCGGAGUGAUAUAUAGUGCGAUAUUAUUAAGUGUGCGGUGCUGGUGUAGUGGAUAUGCGUCGAUCUUUAUUGUGAAGGUGCCUGGGGAAUUCUUCCUGGAUUGAAAGGCCUGGAUAAAAGAUGAGACUAGCCAGGAUCCUCGGGGUUUGCGUACUCCUCGUGGUGGUGUACGUCGUCAAGGCCGACGUCAUCGAGGAAAGAGGUAAGUUCACGCGUCCAGCUCGACCGAGCCCAGGGACUGACCUCAAGGAAGGACGGUAAUGCACCAAGCCUCAGGCAGAUAAGCAUCGGUUGUUCGUUAGCGGGUCCGAAAACCUCACCGCUUAAAAACAAAACGGCCCGGUGGUCGUCGCGCGUUUCGUGGAACGGUUCGUUCGAAUGUACCUCGCUGCGUGUAUAAUGCCCAGAACGAGUCCACGAGGCAACGGAGUAGUUCGUUUGCCUGUGCAAUGGGGACUUAGAUCGGGAGGGUAGAUUAACAGAGGGAUACACGUGUCAGGCUCAGAUUGACGCGAUUUCAUUUUAACGAAUUAUCUUGACCCUAUCGGCCAGGAAUAGCAGAGAAGCGGAAGGGGUGUCGUUUUUCUUCUCCUUCGUGGAGUUAUAGUUGAUGGCGUUUCUUCUUUUCUUGCGCAGGUAUUCCGGAUUUCUAGAGAGGUGGCUGAAGAUCCGGACUGGUGAUAAUUUGUCGAGCGUUUUGUUUCGGGGAACGAGGCUUCUGUAUCUUUGGUCUUUCUUUAUUUUUAUUUUUAUCAGAGAGGGAGAAAGUAUCUUGUAACUUAUUAUUACGACCGUAAAGAAGAAUGACUCCGUAGGAUAAAAUAAGUUGAAGAUAUUAAAUACGAUCCUUCUUUUAUAUCGUAUUUUAUCCUAUAGAAUCAUAAUUCUCCUCGUUGUACCGAUAAUCACGAUUCUCUAUUUAUUAGAAAAGUAGUCAAAAUCGUGUCUCUUCAGACGAGUAAAGGAAAUACAGAAUUUUUACAAACAAGGAUAAAACACGUACCAAAAUUCUAUCAUCUAUUCGAUCGAAUUUUUCAAUCUCCUUUGCAAACUGCUUGAUCGUUCCAAGUUGCACUUACCGCGGACAAGUAGAAUUCACGAUCGGUAGACUUUAAAGGUGAACCGUACAAUGCUAUCUAAAUCAACGUAACGACUGAUUCUACAAGCGCGGCCAGUCGACAGUUGCACGGUUAACUCCGGUUAAAAUCAACGUUCCCUCGAAACUACGACUCUGUAAAUCAAUUUGCAUGCUCGGUUAUAAAGCGCGUUCGCGUUAAAAUAAGCCGCGGCCAGCAUUUAUGUAAAUGGAAAACUGUCCACCGUCAGGCGCGACAUGCGUCUGCACUUAAUUUAUUUUUCUCCCGGCAAUUUUGUAGCGCGUUGCAAAAACCGUUCACAUUUAACCGAACACCGCUCAAAGCGAAAGAUUGCCUCUGGCAACGGAAGGAUUGCUUGAAAAAUGAGUUUGUAUAAUUUUAAUAGCACGUUCGUGAUUUUGCUCUAAGGAUGGUUAUCUACAAGUGCGAAGAUUGAUCGAUACGUUCGAGGAUGAUUGCUAAUACCAUAGGAAGUUCAUCCGAGCAGAUGAUUCUUCCUCUUCUUCUUCUCGUCUACUCUUAAUCCUAGAAAAUCGAUCCACGCGUUUAGCGUUAUAAUUUACGAGAUUUUCAAACAUUCGCUACCUUCUUAAGCUUUUAAAAAAUUCGACGAGGCUAAUGUAAAGUAUGGUCGGUAAGUUUUUGAAGAUUUUUUUUAAAUUACGUACACUUUGUUUUGGAAUAACAUGAAAUCUUUGUUCGACAAUCUUUCGGCGAUAAUUCAUGCAGAUUCUCGUUGUCACGCAAUUUGCGCAAAGUAUUACGUCAUAAUUGGGAUUAGUAGCGAGAUUUGUUUUGUUUUCAUCGGGUCCUCUAUAGAUUCGCCACGUAGAUAGCCUCGCCUCGGAACCGGAGCUGACAGAACGCAUCUCGGCCGCACGUUUUACAAGUUGUUUUACAACCAAAGGAUACAACGCCACACGCUGAGAGCCCCAGGACCUCUCCCUCUCCGCGCGUUGGCCGCCGCACUCCUUUGUCCUGGACACGGAUUCGACUUUUCGACCGUGCCCCCGGCUUUGAAACGUUCUGCUGUCGACGCCUCCGCGACUCUACAACGUAACUCGCACCUGGUGGACAGUUUUACGCGAUCAAACCGAUUUCCGUUUGUGUAUACUUGUGUCACUUUCAAGAGAAACCUUUAAAAGUUCUUUAAAUUGCCAGAUUUCUCGAUGAACUUCUGUCGAUCGAUCAGUUACGUUGUGACGAAUCUUCUUAGGAAUGUUAAUUAGGAAAUUUUUGUACAGAGCAAAAGUGGACAAAUUUUUUAAAUAUUCGGGAAGAGAGUGAGUUAAUCGUGAGAAAAUUUCGUAAGCGAUUAACAACACUCUUUUAAUUCCGUAGAUGCUUAGCAAUUUGUUUUCUCGUUUAUUUUCUACGAUGAAAAAGUUCUAUGAUAGAAUCGAUAUCGAUCGCUUUUAUAAAAAUAAACAACAUACUGGUUUGAUUCGAGGAAUAUUGCUUAGCAAAUUUCCUACUAAUACAUAUAAAUUUCAAAUGAAAUCGAAACAAGGCAAGCAAUUUCUCUGUAUUAUAAGAUUCUUCCUCGGUCUUAUCUAAUACAUUUCCCUAUACCAUGUUAUUACUGCAUUACAAUUAUUAUAUUAGGUAUUCAUUACGCAUCUUUAUCGUAGCUAUUAUACCAACUCGUUACUAACACUAAGUAAUAAGCUGCGUGUGUCGUAAAGAGCUGACGAUUUUAAAACAAAAACCGCUCCUAGCAUUUGGAUCAUUAAAAUCCUAAUUACUGUCUAUCCUAUUGCAAAUAACGUUGAUUUACUUUUCCUCGUAUAAAUUAUUCCUCGAAUCUCAUUAAAAGAUUUUUAUUAAGAAUCUACGCACGAUUUCCAAAGCACAAUUGGUAGUGGCCGUAUCGCGUCGAAACGGUACAACUUUUUGCUUUGCGUUGUCGCAACUGGAAACCUUUCGUUACCCGUUAAGCUGCAGGACAUUAGGGUAAUUAAGCGAUCGAGGGGUUUAUAUAAUCGCGCCGCCACGUUUGGAAUUUAUAAUCGAUGGAGCGGCGCCAACCGCUAUACUGGAAAUACUGGAUAUUCCGGAAUAAGAGCACUCUCACUUUGCAUGUCGACACUCUUUCCGCGAUAGGCUAGCGUUCCUUCGCCGAUAAAAGUGCAUCGCUUAUCACGCCUAGAGGCGUCGCGAUGGUUCGACCAACUCGAUUUCAAGAAACGAACCCGAUCUUGUUACCGAUAGCUUUAUACGUCGUUCUACCUUGAGGUAAUUGUCGUAAGAUAUAGACAGCUUUCUUAGUUUUUAAGCUUCUCUCUGUUUUCCGCUUGUUUCUAUCCCUUUCUCUUAUAUCUUGUAAACAAGACUAUUUUACAGCUACGAAGAUAUUGAGAAGAUAAGUGACAACGUUCAUCCGCUUAAAAUAAAAAAUGCAAUGUUACAAGGUCUGAGAAUCGACCAAACCGUAUAACCGCAAUGACAAACGAAGCUUAGGCUAGUUCUAUACAGAGAUGUACGUGACUAGGUCUCUCUUGCAUAGUAAUUUAUUACGUAAUAAUAGUAGCGGACAGGGACAAGUUAAAUCAAAGUCUUAGAUUAUAAGCGACCUGUUUAUAAUCCGAUAUAUAAAAAUAUCCGUCAUACGUGCGACGUGUAUCUUCAUAUGGAACUGGCCUUUCAACAACGACGAAUGUCUAAAUUUUACAAGAGGAAUCCGAAACGGCAAAUAUAUCAUGUACCGUUUGACGACAUGCCUAAAUCACCGGUGACUGGCAUGAUUCGCGUAAAUGCGUUUUACGAACUGGCUGGCUAAUAUUCGAGGGCACCGAGAGCGUUGGGAACGCCUCAUAGGUUAGUCGAGGAAUUACGAUGCGGUUGAACGGUACACGUGUAGACUGGGUAUGCAAGGAAGAGCCGCCUCAAUUAUCAAGCUCGUUUGUAGCAACAUUGUUUACAGCGUCUGGCUGCUACGGAGUAUUUAUCCGCGAGCUUAUACCCCGGACGCUCGGACGGUUUUACAACCCGUGCCCGGUGCGUGGACCGGCUUUUAUACCGGUACUGGUAUAAAAGCACGCGUCUACGUGCCUCCUCGAGGAAUAAUUCUUCAUUAAUUGCGAUCGCAUGCGCGGCAUUCCUCCCACUGGAACGAUGGUGCGCUUAAUUCCCAGGCUAAUAUUUCAUUAGAUCGUGGUAUAGUAAUAUUGCGCGAACGGACGUUCUGUUGGCGUUCGUUGUGCAAAUAUUCGCGUCAACCUGAUCCCGAGUACAUAUAUUUCAACCAUAAUAUCCUCGCGUAUAACGUAUUAUCAGAGACCGAAGAAUAACGAUCGGCGCGAGCCAUAAAAGUCGCCGUCUGGUUCGAGCUGCGCCGUCAUAGAGAGGAUUCGAGGCUAUUGUCUCAUAUCUGUAAACCGUAUCGAGGGAAAAAAGUGCGUCUGCCGAACGACUAGGUUCUCAGGAUCCUUAGCCAGAACCCUCUGGCCGAAGCAAAAUCCAAAGAGUCCGUGGUCGGCUGUCGUCCACGGGGAAACGUGAAACGCGGCGCAACGCGUACCCUGUCCUCGGAAUUCUCUCCUUCCCCAACCUCUCUUCGCUUCUAUCCUUCCCUACGUUGGAUUCUUUUGUUUCCCGCCGCGGAACCCCAGUCGAGAUCCUAUCUGCCGUAAAUAAUUAUCCUGAAGAACCGGCAGAUGCCGCAGCCUCGCGUUCGAAACCGCGUUCGAACGGACCAAAGGAGGCUGAACGAACCUGUACCCCUUGGGAUUUUCAUUUUAAUCGUUGAUCUCGGGCCAAUCGCAACGAUUCCGCGCUUCCAAAUAUUCUCGAUACUUUGAGGAUCUUCUUCGAUACGCUCGAGACCGCAGAAUUCUUAUGUUUGUGUUCGUUUAUGAUUCGCGAGCAAGUUGGUAUUUGUUCGAAAGCAACCCCUUAUCUGGUUCAUGGACGCGAGUUUCGUUUUGAUAACGGUGAUCGGGAAUGUACAAGAUCGGUCGGAACGUGGCAAUUUUCAGAAUUAAUCUUUACACGAUGCAAUCUCACGGGCGGAAUCAGGUGAUUGCAGGGUAUUGUUGCUAACGCGAUUUCCUUUUUCGGUGUAAACGAACUCGAUAAGGUACGCUUUUAUGGCUCGCGCGUAAUUGACCCGCUGAUUUCGUUUUAAGGAUACGGUCCGUGAGAAGCGAUUUGUUUUAGAACGUACUAUACUUGAGGCUUGUUUCAGGUCGGCCGGAUGAUUCUGAUCGUGACAGUGAGGUUCGAUACUAUCAAAAGAUACUGUUACGAAUCUCAACGUUUGCAAUUAUUUUACAGCUUUGUUCAUUUUUGUCGAAAAUUAUUUCCAUAUCUACGAAGCGAAGAACUUUUCAGAGCUGGAAAUGUAAAUUUAACAUUUGGGCAAAGUUAAAGACACCUAUCCUACGUGUUAAUUUCUUUAAAGCGUAUAAAUUAUUUUAUCAUAGAUUAAAUGUAAAUAAAUAUAAAUUUGAGAUUACAAGUUUCUUAUAGGCAGACGACGUAAUUCCAGAACCGUUGCUCCGAGGUCUGGUUGUCCUCGAUCGGCUAAACAAAUUACACGUUAAACGACGUGCCCUGUCUCGCGCAUUCGUGGCAGCCCGAGUCUAAUGUCACCCUGAGGGAGCAAUUUUCAGGCGUUUUACUCGCGACACACGUUCCACGCCUCUGGCCCUAUUGUCUAUCCAUACGCGACCAACGCGCAAUUUAUCCUCGAGGACACUGUCACGAUCAGAAGAAAGGAAACCCAGCCUGUCCUUUUUCGUACGGCCGCGAAUUGAAUUGCAUGAAUCUGCCAAACACCAACGAGGAAAUUUUGAAGAGAACGAAGAUGAACGACGCAACAGAUACCGACGUGAAACGGUCCCGUGACACAAACCAUGCAAGUAACACGGUGAAGAGACAGCGAUGGCAGCAGCGGAAACGCUUCUUCGAGACUCUUCCGAUAUUCUCCUUGUUCGUGACAGUCGAAGAGAGCACGAAGAAGUGGGAAUCAUUGUCGAGAUCACCUUGGCAAGGUCCAUGGGUUCGUAAAGGGCAUGAAAGCUCAUCAUGUUUGAAUACCGACACGGGCCACGAACGCUGUCGACCUGCAACCUCCUCGGCGUGACUUUUCUUCUACUGAUCGUCGCCGGUAGCUACAAUGUGUCAGCGGAUCUCAGCUCCGAAUUUGUCAAAGGAAAAAUUUGCAUUGGAACCAAUGGCCGCCUCUCCGUUCCGUCCAACAAGCAACAUCACUAUCGGAAUCUUCGAGACCGGUACACCAACUGUACUUACGUCGACGGCAACCUGGAGAUCACAUGGCUCCAGAACGAGACUUUCGACCUCAGCUUUCUCCAGUAUAUACGGGAGGUCACCGGUUACGUGCUCAUCAGCCACGUGGACGUCAAAAAGGUCGUUCUGCCGCGAUUGCAGAUCAUACGGGGCAGAACUCUCUUCAAACUUACCAUUCAUGACACCGAGUUCGCCCUAUUCGUCACGAUGUGUCAGAUGCAGAACUUGGAGAUGCCGGCUCUCAGAGAUAUCCUCAAUGGCAGCGUGGGCAUAUACAACAACUACAACCUGUGCCACGUCCAAAAGAUCAACUGGGAAGAAAUAAUCACCGGUCCGAGUGCAACGUACUCCUACGUGUACAAUUUCACGUCGCCAGAACGCGCCUGUCCGCCAUGCGAUAAGAGCUGCGAGCAAGGCUGUUGGGGCGAGGGGCCUGAGAACUGUCAGAAGUAUUCCAAGACAAACUGUUCGCCUCAGUGUUGGCAGGGCAGGUGCUUCGGGCCCAAUCCGCGGGAGUGUUGCCAUCUUUUUUGCGCUGGUGGCUGCACAGGCCCGAAACAGAGCGACUGCAUCGCCUGCAAGAACUUCUUCGACGACGGUGUAUGCACCCAGGAAUGUCCGCCCAUGCAAAAGUACAAUCCUACGACGUACUCGUGGGAGGCUAAUCCUGACGGGAAGUACGCGUAUGGUGCAACCUGCGUGAGAAGGUGUCCAGAACACCUUCUGAAAGACAACGGAGCUUGCGUAAGAUCUUGUCCGCCGAAGAAGAAGGCGUUGAACGGAGAAUGCGUUCCCUGCGACGGACCUUGCCCGAAAACCUGCAAAGGCGUGGAGAAAGUACAUUCCGGGAAUAUCGACAGUUUCAAGGAUUGCACCAUCAUCGAGGGAUCGAUCACGAUUCUGGACCAAAGCUUUCAAGGAUUCCAACACGUGUAUUCGAAUUUCAGUUUCGGCAAACGUUACGAAAAAAUGCAUCCAGACAAGUUGGAGGUAUUCAGCACGUUGAAGGAGAUCACAGGGUUUUUAAAUAUCCAAGGGGACCACAAGGAUUUCGAGAAUUUAUCGUACUUCCGGAAUCUGGAGGUGAUAGGUGGAAGAACCUUGACGGAAUACUUUGCGUCAUUGUACGUGGUGAAAACGUCAUUGGUCUCGUUCGGACUCAGCUCUCUCAAGAAAAUCUACUCCGGAUCGAUAGCGAUAUUGGAAAACAAGAAUCUGUGUUACGCGCAAAGUAUCAAUUGGACUAGAAUCAAAAAGUCAUCGGAGCAUGAGAGCUUGUUAUCGAACAAUCGAAACGAAAGCGAAUGCAUAAAAGAUGGACUAAUAUGCGACGAGCAAUGUUCCGACGAAGGUUGUUGGGGGCCCGGUCCGGCACAGUGUUUAUCCUGUAAGAACUUCAUUCUAGGAAACGAUUGCAUUCAAGACUGCACCGCGCCAGGAAUUUAUCGAGCGGAUGAGAAGACCUGCAAGGUGUGUCACGAGGAGUGCGAUGGCUCUUGUACAGGACCGAAUGCCGAGCACUGUAAGAAAUGCAAACACGCCCGAGAUGGACCGUACUGCGUGCCAGAGUGCCCGUCCUCGAAGUAUUAUGACAACGGUCUGUGCAAAAGUUGUCACGAAAACUGUGUGGGUGGUUGCGACGGUCCUGAAAACAACAUAGGCCCUAAUGGAUGCCACAGCUGCGAUAAGGCGAUCAUAAACGGCAAUUGUCUGCAGAAAAAGGAACCCUGUCCUGACGGGUAUUACUACGAGUGGGUAAGUCCUCAAGAGCAAGGAGCACUGAAACCGCUUGCAGGCAAGGCUGUUUGUCGCAAAUGUCACUCUCGCUGCAAGAAGUGCACGGGAUACGGUUUUCACGAGCACGUGUGCCAAGAAUGUACAAAGUACAAGAGGGGUGAACAGUGCGAAGACGAGUGUCCCGCGGAUCAUUUCACGGAUGCCGAUACUCAACUUUGUAUACCAUGCUACAGCGAGUGUCGAGGAUGUUUCGGGCCGGGCCCAAAUCAGUGUUACAAAUGUCGAAACUACAAGAUCUACAUUGAUGGAGAUACGGACGGAAACACCACGUCCUUCAACUGCACGGAAACGUGUACUCCCGAAUAUCCGCACAAGAUCUUCAAUCCAGACAGUGAACCGUACUGUUCACUGGAAACUGUGGGUUUAGUAGAAAACGAACUUCAACCAGCUAUCUUAGCAGGCGUUGCGGUAUUCGCUCUAGUGUUCCUCAUAAUAGCGGCCAUAAUCAUGUACUUCUGGCGUGUACGAGCAAAAGCCAAAGAAAACACUGUGAAAAUGACAAUGGCUCUGACCGGCUUGGACGACAACGAACCUCUUCGUCCAACUGGCGUGAAACCAAAUCUAGCGAAAUUACGUAUCAUCAAGGAAGAAGAGAUGAGAAAAGGUGGAAUUCUAGGUUACGGUGCUUUCGGGAACGUUUAUAAAGGAGUUUGGGUGCCAGAAGGGGAGAACGUGAAGAUUCCAGUGGCUAUAAAGGUUUUGCAAGGUAAUGGUACAGGAGCGAACACCUCGAAGGAAUUCCUCGACGAGGCUUACAUCAUGGCUAGCGUGGAGCAUCCGAAUCUACUUCAGUUGCUAGCUGUUUGCAUGACGUCGCAGAUGAUGCUGGUGACCCAACUGAUGCCUUUAGGCUGUUUGCUCGAUUUCGUGCGGAGGUUUAAGGACAAAAUUGGCUCGAAAGCGUUGCUGAAUUGGUGCACACAGAUUGCCAGAGGGAUGGCUUACUUAGAAGAAAGAAGAUUGGUUCAUCGAGACCUUGCGGCUCGAAACGUUCUUGUGCAAACACCUAACUGUGUCAAGAUUACCGAUUUUGGAUUAGCCAAGCUAUUGGAUAUCAACGAAGAACAAUAUAAAGCUGCCGGUGGAAAGAUGCCGAUCAAGUGGCUGGCCUUGGAAUGCAUUCAACAUCGGGUGUUCACUCAUAAAUCGGAUGUUUGGGCUUUCGGCGUGACCAUCUGGGAGGUUCUUACCUAUGGCGGUAGGCCGUAUGAGAAUGUGCCUGCUCGAAACGUGCCAGAAUUAUUGGAAAAAGGCGAAAGGUUACCUCAACCGGCCAUAUGUACGAUCGACGUGUAUAUGAUUAUGAUCAAAUGUUGGAUGUUGGACGCUGAGUCGAGGCCUAGCUUCAAAGAACUGGCGGAAGACUUUGCAAAGAUGUCUAGAGAUCCUGGCCGAUAUCUUGCUAUCAAGGGCGACAAAUACAUGAGGCUACCUUCGUAUACACUGCAGGACGAAAAGGAGAUGAUACGAAAUCUUGCAUCAGCCAUGGACGGUCCUGAAGCCUUGGUAGACGCUGAUGAGUAUCUACAACCGAAAUCAAGGGCUCCCAUCCCACCAGGACUUUCAGCAUCCAGUACUUCCGGCUCUCCGCCGAAUACACCCGUGAAAGCUUGCUGGCCCAAUGGAAAACCCUUAGCCACCGAUUCACCCACGCCUCAGAACCAACAAAACUUAGACAGAGAGUUGUUGAGGUAUGGCGCUAAUCACAGAAACGGAAAUAUAUCGCACGAACCAGGAAACUCCGGUCAACACGGGCAUUACGCGCCUGCCAAUGGUCAUUGCGGACACAUCGUGGGCACGGACACUACUAGUUCGAGAUAUUGCUCGGAUCCGUUAAAGAUGAUCGUUGUGAGAGAUUGCGAUGUGACAGACGACUGUUUCGACGGCGAAAUAAAUUCUGCGCAUCAGCAGGCUCAAGUAGGUAAUCUGAAGCUCGACUUGCCAUUAGACGAAGAUGAUUAUUUGAUGCCAUCGCCGCAAUUGCCAACGAAUACAACGCAAUACAUGGAUCUCAUAGGUGACUCCAAACCUACGGAAAUGGAACCAAAGCGAGUCAACAACGGUUACCGAAAGUAUCCUGAAUUCCUAACUAUUCAAGGGAAAACGUCGUUAGAUAAUCCCGAGUAUAUAAUGUCCCAAGACGAAGGACCAUUAACCCCGCAAACUUUAGGUAUACCGACGCCUGAUCUGGAAAAGGUUCUAACGAACGGAACAUUUGGUUCUCAAGUGAGACAAAGGAGUUCGGAAGAAGAAUCUGACCAUGAAUACUACAACGAUUUCGAUCGCCUGGAACGGGAAUUGCAGCCGCUAAAACCCCUUAGGAAGAACGAGACGACCGUUUGAUUUCGAGAUUCCUAAAACUUACAUCGAAUAAGGACUGUUCCGUUGAGGUUCCAAGUUAGAAUCGGAAAGCCGGUGUCAUUCGAUCGUCCGUUGAUCUCAAACGCAACGGGUGAUAGCAUGAACAUAGAAUGGCGGACGAGCCCGGCUCCUCGUAUUCGAGGAAAUUCUACACAGUGUACUUAGAAAAGACACUUCGCUGGAAAGUGCCGUGUUUGAUUGUGAUUAGACGUAAAACGUGUGAAACUGUGCUAAUUUUCCUUCUUAACGAGCUGACUGUCGCGAACGAAUAAAAAUAUAUGUCUCGCGCCUUAUAAACUGUAAAAUCGUUGUUGAGCGCGUGUACGAUAAACAAGUAGUGCAAAGAUAAUCUUAAUGUGCCAUUCACGGUGGCUUGUAAAUAAAGAAAAAAAAAGUACUGUCUACCAUUUCUACAAGGCUACUAAAAGUUUAGGGAAACGACGUGCAGUAAAUGGCAUAAACAAUUGUUACUUUCCUAUCUCUGUCUUCGAUUCCUAACACUAUCUUUGAUGGCUCACUUCGAUGGCUCAUCAUGUUCUUUUAUUUUGUUGACUCGUUUUACGCAUGUUUGUUAGAAAUUUUUAUAUUAAAAUGUCGAAGCACAGAGGAUUAUAUGAAAGCGCGAAGGUGGACACGUAUCUUUCAAAAUUAUCCGCUACUCUUAUCUUUUAUUCCCUAAAACUGAAAUUGUGUGUGUAAAUUCAAUUGGAUCUCUAUUUUAUGCGAUCGAGCACGUAUCAUGAGAUGCACAUCGGGGCCGUUCAGAAAUUCGGGACAUGUAACGAAUAUUCAGACCGCCUCGUGGCGCGGAACAUCAGUGCGGUUCGCCCCUUGACUGUGAUAAAAAACGUUCUGCUAUUACUCGAGGACACUUAAAAGGAACAUCUCAAUCGUCUAUCGAUCUAUCUUUGCUUCCCUUCUUCUUAUAUAUCGCAGUAAGCUACGACAGUACAACGAAUUGUCCUAAUUUACUGCUUAAAUGGUAAUAAGUUUCCGAGUUGCAAGCGAAGACCAACCGGAAUCCAGGGAUUCGUCGAGGCAAAAUCGAACGAAACACUUGAGAAGACAACGAAGGAAGAUUUAGAUGCUUGCCGUUUCCCAGGAUUCUUGUCUCGCGGCUCUACUUAAAUGUUUAACGAUGCUCUAUAUUUUUUUAUGCCAUCGUCUUUUGUACAUGGGACCAAUGAAAUUGGCCUCGGCCAGAGCGCACGGAAGUAUCUCGAUUUUUUUAUAUAGGAACGCGUCUGUGUAAAUAGAUUAGUGGUUAGCGCGUAAGAUAUUCUACGUACGUAGAAAACGGAAAGUACUUGAGUAAACUAAGUAAUCUGUAUCUGUUUUUCUUUUCGAGUAUAAAACGGACGAAAAAAGAAACGGACGUAGACGAAAUAACUAAAAGCGCAGCACCGGUAUGCGAAUUAUACGGGGUUACGCUGUGCCGCGUAAUCAUAGGAUUAGGACGUGCCAUGUUGUGUACAGGGAACGCGCGAGAGAAAAAAAAGAAAUAAGAAAUGAUGAACACGUUUCAUUGACAGGGAAUUCGUGUUAAAUGAAAAUUUUGAAAAUCGGAAAAUAAAUCAUUCGAGGCAAUGCGUUCGAUUAGCAGGAAAAGCGUGUAUGAAUGUGUACGAGCCCCUGAUCUCAUUCGUGACGAUACAAGUAAUAAAAUGACAUUUGUAACGAGUUUCUGUGAUGAAAUGGGACUGAGUUUCAGAAAUAAAAAUUAUCUAAUCAAAUAUACGACAUGUUUUUCACAACGAUACAAUUGCACGAAUUUGUAACCUCGUUACACACGAAAUGCAUGCUUUUACCCUUAAGAAUGAUAAGCCAAUACGUAUCGUGUACAUUGCGUUAAUCGUUAUUAAUGGUUACGUUAUUGAUUUCUCAUCUGUAAUAUAUUAUAUGUGUAAUGAUUGCGUUGCCGAACAGAUCAACGUGUACCUCGAGAAACGUGUACACGUCCAUUUUCGAUACUCCCGUCGGAAAAAAAAGGAAGAAUGAGAAAACGUGUUUCUCCAUAUGCUUCUGCCCAUAUUGUUCCCGUCUCUACGAUUCCGUGUAAAACAAGUAUGAAUUUGAAAUUGUACAAUACCGUUCGAUAACCGGGAUAAAAUAGCUGCGAGAAAUUGCAUUUGCCAUUCGGUUGUGGACAUAGAACUUAUAAAAGUUUAUAAUAUCAUUAUAUAUCGUAAAGAAAUUAUUGUAAUAAAGAACCAUCAUCAUUCUUACGAAACCUGACGAUUUGUUUCUUUCUUCACCCCGUUUGACAAUGACACUGACUCGCAAAAAAAAAAAAAGAAUGAAAAUGUUUUCAAAUAAGACACGUGUAACUGUAUUUUUAUAUGUAUUGUUAUAUGUUUAGCAAAUUAAUUAUUUUAAUUAAUUAUUUAUUUGUCCGUCAACACGGAAAUAUGAACUCUGUUAUGUAACAAGUGUUUUUAUGAUUCGACAUAAAUAAACGGAAGUGUAUAUCGUCGA